AUGGUACGCUCCGAUCCUCUUCGCAGCAUUGCUCGGCCGUCUAGCCCGAUAUCCACGAAACUGGAUGCGUCCCUCCCUUUGACCCAAGAUUCGCCGUCCCCACGCCCGUCUCUCGAGAACCACGGACGGCCCCACCGUCCUGUCGAUUUCAAUCUGAGCCACGAUGGCACGCUUUCCUCCUUCGACGUCAAUCGCAUGCUGGGGGACGUCCCUAAUGUGUUGCCCGGCAAGGUCAAGAGGUCGCAGUCGGCGAGCCCCUUCAGGCUUGCCAUGCCGUUCAUUACCCCCGGCCAGCUUGCCUUUUCGGCUAUGCAGUUCCUGCCGGUGCCUCUGCUUGUGCUGAAUAAUCUCAAGACCGUUGUGCUGGCCAAUGAGGCCAUGGGCCGGUUGCUAGGGCUCGUCAACGACUCGACCGACGUGUACAACGAUAGGGCCACGGCGAUGGACAAGCUCCGCGGCCAGACCUUGUCGCAAGUUGGCGUAGACAUGCUCCAAGAUGGCCGGCCAGUAUGGGUGUCUUGGGAAGAUUUGCUGGACUCUUUAGUUGUCGAAAUGGCCGCCAGGCAUGGGAUUGAUUCGUCUAAACCAGCCCAUUCCACUGGUGAUUCCACCCCGAAAGCCAAUAUGCACAAGCUGACAGGCAAAGAUCAUGGCCCGGCGCCAACUCCGGGAGACAUGGAAUCGGGUCGACCCACGCCGUCCUCGGUUGUUGAGGUCGUCAUCAUGUCCAAAAGCACCCAAAAGACUACAAACGGGAAGAAGACGGAGGACCAGGUGUAUGCGAAGAUGAUCAUUUCCAUAUUUGAGAUUGAAGAGCAUCAAACAUACUUCACUCUGACCUUUACCACCACUGAUUCUAGCCACGCGCCACCUACUGGUCCUCGGAAACCUGUGGCACGUCCAUCCGUUCUGGAAGCCGACGACCGCAAGUCCAUAUCGAAUUCGAAUCCACCGUCGGUCAGUUCGAGUCACAGCUCAAUUUCUCCUUCUUUUAGAAUAAGUCCAAGUGCGGUGUCGUUGUCUUCGAGUCCCUUUCCACCAAUGGGCCCCCCAUCACGAAGUUCACUCAGCAGCACGCCAUCCUUACUGCUGAAGAGGACAACAAUCAAAGACGCUCUGCUAGACAACACAGCAAUGCCCAUUUUUGCCAUGUGGCGAGAUGGAUCUGCUCCUGUAAUGAAUCAAGCGGCCCGAGAACUUAUUAGCGAGACCUCCGGUGAUGAUAACGACGUCGAAGGCCUUGACUUGUUGCACAAAUGGGAGAUAUAUACUGCGGAUUUCUCUCGCAAGCUUAAAGAGAGCGAGUUCCCCAUUUCUGUCCUCUUGAAGACGGGCGAGCCCUUCUCAGGCUUCCGCAUUGGCAUGUUCGACAGGAGGAAAAACGCUAAAGUCGUGUUCGAUGUGUUGGGUGAAGCUAUCAGAGACACAGUCACUGGUGAGUUUGUAGCAGGAGUUGUGACCUGUCGCGACAUUACUUCAAUGGCACAAGAGAUCACGCACAUCAGAGAAUUGGACGAGGAGCGCUUCAAGCUCAUCUGUGAUACUAUGCCACAGAUGAUAUGGACAACCACGCCCACUGGAUUACAUGACUAUUUCAAUAAUCGUUGGUACGACUACACUGGACUGCCACCCGAGGAUUCGUUGGGCCACGGAUGGAAGAAUCCUUUCCACCCAGACGACAUGCCCGCAACAGAAAGAAGGUGGAAACACAGCCUAGAAACCGGCGAGCCAUACGUUACCGAGUACCGUUGCCUGAGGAAAGACGGUCAAUGGCGGUGGAUGUUAGGUCGUGCUUUGCCCCUGCGGAACAAGCAGACGGGCCAGAUUGAAAAGUGGUUUGGCACCUGUACCGACAUUCAUGAGAGUUUGGAGCGAAAGAUAGCAGCCAAACGAAUGAGACAACAACUGCUCACUGUAUUGUCUCACGCCCAAACUACCAUAUUCUCUGUCGACCGCGAGCGUAGGGUCACCAUGCUAGAGGGUGCCUUGAUAUGGAAUGCUCCUGGAGACACUGCUUCGGACAAUGACAGCGAGGAUCUGGAAACGAGAAGGUACAUCGGUAUGAACGUGGAUGAGGUUUUUAACGACCUGAGCCCGCAAUUGCGGCAGGGCGAAAUGCCUGCAUUCCUCGCACCUAUCCACGAUAUGAUCUGUGGGAGGAAGCAGCGAGCCGUGGUUCAGGAACAUAAAAUAGACGAACACUUUUUCCGCACGAGAUUCAUACCCACGUUUGCGAAGGAUUCGCAGGGCGACCCUAUGAGCCCGUCUGUUGUCGAAGGGGUCAUCGGUGUCAUCAUGGAUGUAACCGAGUUGAAGGAACGGGAACUAGAUCUCAAAGUGCAAGCAAAAGAGAAACGGCAAUUACUAGCUAAUGAAGCGGCAGCGAAAGAAGCUAGUCGCCUGAAGAGUCAAUUCUUGGCCAAUAUGUCACACGAGAUUCGAACCCCCAUCACUGGUGUCAUUGGCAUGGCUGAACUUUUGUGUGAUCUUCCGCUUGAUGAGGAGCAGAGAGAAUAUGCGGAGAAUAUCAUUCGCUCGGCGACUGCCCUAUUGACUGUCAUAAAUGACAUUCUUGACUUCUCAAAAGUCGAGUCAGGUCGCCUGGAUAUCGAGGAGGUGCAGUUCUCGCUGUCAGUUGUCGUGCAAGAUGUAUCCAAGAUGCUCAGCUUCGCCGCUGAAAGAAAGAACCUGGAUUUUCGCUCCGAUAUUUCGGACGCCAUUGCUAAUGACCUGGUCGUCCUGGGCGACCCCGGCCGCGUUCGCCAGAUAAUUACAAAUCUGUUGACAAACUCGAUCAAGUUCACCAAUAACGGGUAUGUCAAGUUUUCGGUAUGGAAGGAGAAAGAGACUCAAGACACGAUUGAAAUCAAGUUCGUCGUUGAAGACACCGGAAUUGGCAUCGAGGAGGACGUGAAGAAGAGGCUCUUCCAGCCAUUCAGUCAGGGAGACCCUUCGACUGCGCGUAGGUUUGGAGGGACUGGACUGGGCUUAACGAUAUCGAAGAACCUGCUUGAUUUGAUGCAUGGGCGAAUAUCGAUGCAGUCCUCAAUAGGGACUGGCACCACAGCAACUUUCUGGAUUCCGUUCAACAAAGUCCAAGGUCCGCGACAAUCAUCUCUGGUGGAAAUUGGUCCCCUGCCCGAUAGAUUACAUUCGGAAAUGAGUGCAUCUUGCAACAGUUCUGAAUAUGAACAUAUAAUUGGUACCCCAUCUGCAGAUCUUUCUGCCAGUCAACUCGACGUCACCCGACCACCUCACCAAGCAAAAUCUAUCAACACAUCUUCCCCACGGCCCGCGAAGGGGGAAGACAUGCCAAUGUCAGAACGGGCUAAUAUCCAGGUAUUGGUUGUCGAAGACAAUUCGAUCAACCAGCAAAUCGCUACCAAGACCAUCAAAAAGCUUGGCUUUCAGGUCAGCGCCGCAUGGAACGGGAAAGAGGCACUAGACUACAUUGAAGCGUCUAAGGAAGGUAAACUCGCAAAACCCGAUAUCAUCCUCAUGGACGUGCAAAUGCCCGUCAUCGAUGGCUAUCGAGCGACGCACAUAUUACGGCAUCAUGCACCGUACAGGGCGUACGCGAGCAACGUUCCGAUUGUGGCGAUGACGGCGUCAGCUAUUCAAGGGGAUAGAGAAAAAUGCAAACGGGCGGGUAUGGACGACUAUCUUGCUAAGCCGGUGAAAGGCAAGGUUCUCGAGAGAAUGCUGGUUCGCUGGAGCCAAAUUCGCAGACGGAGCACGUUGAGCAGUGAUACUACCGACCCAUCUGUCUCGGACUGUUCAGAGGCCGGUGAGCAUUGCGUCAGUGCGAACAUCCCCACAUUUGGUCUCGACAUAGAUAUUGGGGUGGAAACCCCGGAGGAUCGAGAAUCAGUGGACGCUCACAACGACAAUGAUGAUGACCUUAAUAAUCUUCUUACGCCAAAGCCGCUCACGCGGAAUGGUUCUCACGAAACGACCACAUUCCCUUUCGGCAAUUUCCACGCUGCGAACACAACGGCGACCUCGAGGCAGCUGGACAGCAACGAGCUAGCCAUGCAUCUUCGCGACGAUAAAUUACUCGGUGCUGCGGGCGCAACAGUUGACUCCAAACCGCACCCACUGCAAACGUCAUUAUCGGAAGGCGACUCGUUAACAGAGGCAAACAUUGAACGACUGGGGAAGGAAAGAUCAAUUGGAAGAGGGUAA